AUGGAGGCGGCGGCGCCACGGCGGAGGAGCCCCGAGCCGCGGGAGAAGCCGCCGGUGCCGGACGGGGAAGCGGCGGGGGCGCCCGCGGGGACGGCGGGCGCGGCCCCGGCCUCGCCGGCGGCGACGGCGGCGGCCACGACGGAGCAGAUCGUGGCGGAGGGCGAGGCGGCGGCGGCGGCGGCGGCGGGCGGCACGUUCGUGCAGCGGCAGCUCGGGGCGAUGCUGCAGCCCGCCGUGAACAAGUUCUCGCUGCGCAUGUUCGGCAGCCACCGGGCCGUGGAGAUCGAGCGGCAGCGGGUGAAGUCGGCGGGCACCUGGAUCAUCCACCCCUACAGCGACUUCAGGUUUUACUGGGACCUCAUCAUGCUGCUCCUGAUGGUGGGCAACUUGAUCAUCCUGCCCGUGGGCAUCACCUUCUUCAAGGAUGAGAACACCCCUCCCUGGAUCGUUUUCAACGUGCUCUCGGACACUUUCUUCUUGGCUGACCUGGUGCUGAACUUCCGGACAGGCAUCGUGGUGGAGGACAACACGGAGAUCAUCCUCGACCCCCACACCAUCAAAAUGAAGUACCUGAAGAGCUGGUUCCUGGUCGACUUCGUCUCCUCCAUCCCUGUCGACUACAUCUUCCUCAUCGUCGACCUGGAGACCCAGGUGGACUCUGACGUCUACAAGACAGCGCGGGCCCUGCGCAUCGUCCGCUUCACCAAGAUCCUGAGCCUGCUGCGCCUGCUGCGCCUCUCGCGCCUCAUCCGCUACAUCCACCAGUGGGAGGAGAUCUUCCACAUGACGUACGACCUGGCCAGCGCCGUGGUGAGGAUCUUCAACCUCAUUGGCAUGAUGCUGCUGCUGUGCCACUGGGACGGCUGCCUCCAGUUCCUGGUGCCCAUGCUGCAGGACUUCCCCGAGGACUGCUGGGUCUCCAAGAACCACAUGGUGAACGACUCGUGGGGGAAGCAGUACUCGCACGCCCUGUUCAAGGCCAUGAGCCACAUGCUCUGCAUCGGCUACGGGCAGCAGGCACCCGAGGGCAUGACCGACGUCUGGCUCACCAUGCUCAGCAUGAUCGUGGGGGCCACCUGCUACGCCAUGUUCAUUGGCCACGCCACCGCCCUCAUCCAGUCCCUGGACUCCUCCCGCCGCCAGUACCAGGAGAAGUACAAGCAAGUGGAGCAGUACAUGUCCUUCCACAAGCUGCCCGGGGACACGCGCCAGCGGAUCCACGAGUACUACGAGCACCGCUACCAGGGCAAGAUGUUUGACGAGGAGAACAUCCUGGGGGAGCUCAGUGAGCCCCUCAAAGAGGAAAUCAUCAACUUCAACUGCCGCAACCUGGUGGCCAACAUGCCCCUGUUUGCCAACGCCGACCCCAACUUCGUGACCGCCAUGCUGACCAAGCUGCGCUUCGAGGUCUUCCAGCCCGGGGACUUCAUCAUCCGCGAGGGCACCGUGGGCAAGAAGAUGUACUUCAUCCAGCACGGGGUGGUCAGCAUCCUCACCAAGGGCAACAAGGAGACAAAGCUGUCUGAUGGCUCCUACUUCGGGGAGAUCUGCCUGCUGACCCGGGGCAGGCGCACGGCCAGCGUGAGGGCCGACACCUACUGCCGCCUCUACUCCCUGUCCGUGGACAACUUCAACGAGGUGCUGGAGGAGUACCCCAUGAUGCGCAGGGCCUUCGAGACGGUGGCCAUGGACCGCCUGGACCGCAUAGGGAAGAAGAACUCCAUCUUGCUCCGCAAGCGAGCCGAGCACAGCUCGGGCCCCAUGAACACCGAGAUGAUCCAGCAGAUCGUGAAGCACGACCAGGACAUGGCCCACAACAUCCAGGACCUGCAGCAGAUGGCGAUGGGCCGGGAGCUGAGCGGGAAGCCGGUGAUCUGGGAGCCGCUGGUGCACGCUCCCCUGCAGACGGCGGCCGCCACCACCAACGUGGCCAUCGCCCUGACCCACCAGCACAGCCUGCAGGCCCACAUCUUCCUGCCGCCCUCCUCCAUCUCCAGCCCGCUCUCGCCCGACACCACGCUGCUCGCCAAGCCCGUGCGCCGCUCCCAGCCCAGCCUGGGCGGCUCCCGGCCCUCCUCCGUGAGUUCUCCGUCCGGGGCGCAGUCCCACCUCCAGACGCCCGCGGCCGGCUCGCCCUCCUCCCCCAUGGUCCAGUCCCAGGCGCCGCUGGAGAGCGGGGCCCAGAGACCAAGCCAUGGGGCGCAGCCCCUGCCACGAGCAGCGCAGAGGGCGGAGAUGCCGGCGGGGGCCAAGCAGCCCCCGGGCGGCUCCCAGCCCCAGCUCUCCAGGUCCCGCGGCGCCUCGGUGUCCACCUCGCUGCUGCAGCAGGCGGCGGGGGCGGCGUCCCCCAGCUCGGAGCAGGCGCUGCCGCCGGGGAGAACGCUCCACUACAGCCUGUCCCGAGCCACCGGCUCCCACAUCUCCCUCCUGAUGCAGCCCCAGCAGCUGGUGAAGCACAGGAGCAUCCAGGGCCUGCCGGUGGGGCGGCUCACGCAGGAUGUCCGGCUGCUCUCCGCCUCCCAGCCCUCCCUCCCCAACAAAGUGGCCCAGCAAGCCGAGGGGAGUUCCUUGAAGCAGGGCAGGAAAUCCGCGGGGAACCUGGCCCGCAGGUCCUCUCCCUCGGUGGCCGGACUCCUCGCCAAGCCGUGCCCGGGGGUCCCAGCCCAGCCCUCGCACCCGCAGCAGAUGCCUUCAGGAUCGCUGGCUCAGCCCGCCCGCCCCGCACCGGGAGCCUCCACCCCGCAGUCCCCGGUCUCCACGUCCAGGCAGGCAGCAGGUCCCUCCCGCAAGGGCUCCGUGGCCUUCAGCCCCGAGGUGGAAACGGGGAAGCCCAAACUCCCGUCCAACAUGUGAGUCCCGGCGGCACCGAGCGCAGGCAGGAGGGACCCGGGAGCCC